UUGAGUAUCCCGUGUCGCAGAAAAAAACUACCCGGGUACUCGUGAUAUUUCUUCAACAACAAUAUUCGCGGCAUUUUAUUGACUAGCGCGCGAGUUUUUGAUGGUUAAUGCGACUGCAUGAUGGAGGAACUACCGAAGUUUCCAAAGGCUGCUGGCAGUGUGUUGGCACUCAGCAUUGCGGAAGUCAUUUUGGCACUUGGGGGAUUCGCCGCAAAUUUCUACAACAUAUUUUACGGGAUACUGGUUUCGGACGAGCGUAUUCCGAUGAUACAAGCGCUGGCGUUGGUCAUUUCCAUCCCGGUGUUCGGGACGCAGCUGGUAUGCGGUGGCCGUUUUAUGCUGGCUUGUGUGCGAAUAUUUCCCGGCCAGAGGAAUUCCGCCUUUUUCGAUGAAGGUGGCAUGCCCCUGUGUGCGCUCGGAAUUUGCCAGCUGUGGGCUUUAGUUGGCUCCGGCAUGUGUCUGUUUGCCAUGGUCUACGCGUGGUUCUACCAGGUCGGGCACGCCGCUAACCAACCCGUCUUAUUUGCCCAACCCAAACUGGAGGCGUGGGCAGCCAUCCAGCAAGCCUUCCAGGCCGACUUCCCCGGACAGAUGGUCAUGCUGGCAGCGGUGCUGCUACAGAUCGCCAGCGUCAUCGUGGUGGUCUUCAUCAUUCGGCAAAGUAAAUCCGUUCGCAAAGAGCUGAAGUCGGCUGAUCGGAACUCUGAUGACCUCCAUUCCUCCAGCGAAGAGUACAAGCUUAUCGCCUUUGUGAAGGAGCAUAACGGACCACCGCCGCCGUACAGUGACGGAAAAAUGGUCAUGACGGUGUAG